UAUAGUAUUGUGGACACCGUUAAAAAUUCUUGUUUUGCAUUUGUUAUUUAAAGGGAGGCUGAAUUAAACAAGUAUCCUUGUCUUUUAAUAUUAAAAGAAAAAUCAAUGGCACAAAAUAAUACAUAUGCAAAGAAACAUGAAAACAUUCUUUAUAGCCAAGAGUUUAAGUUAAACUUUAGUAAAAGCAAUGGAGUAGAUUGGAAAAUUCUUGGACUUUGGUUAAAUAUUGAAGAAAACUGUAUUGACACAAUUGAUCAUGAUAAACCCAAUACCCUUGAAAAAGCAUAUAAAAUGCUAACUACGUGGAUUCAAAUGAAUGAUAAUCCAACACUUGAGGAGUUGAAAACAGCUUUAAGGAACAUGGAUAGAAUUGAUCUAAUAAGAAAAAUAGAUGAAUUAACAAAAACUUCGAGUUCACCAGAAAGUUCUACCAGAACUUCUUCUAAGAAGGAAACUUCGAGUUCACCAGAAAGUUCUACCAGAACUUCCUCCAAAAAAGAUACAUCAGAGGUGUGCACAGCACUGAAAAAAUAUUAUCGUGAAAAUUAUAGAAAAAUAAAUGAAAUUCAACCACCAUUAAAAGUACCUGCAAGUGUUGAUCUAAUGAAUAACUUUGUUGAUCUAUGUAUCGUUGAUGCAGUUAAUACUCAAAUGGAUGUUGUUUUUAAUUUUGAGCGAAAAAAAUUUCUUGAAAAGCAAAUGAACUAUACACCUAUUUCAUAUAGUGAAAUUUUUAUGAAAGAAAAAUCUGUAAUAUUAAUAUCUGGAAUAGCUGGUAUAGGAAAAACAUGGUUGCUUCGAAAAUGUUUGCUAGAUUGGUCAAACAAUUUAAUUUGGAAAAAUGUUGAACUUGUGUUUUAUUUGGAAUGCAGAAGGCUUAAUCAAUAUCAAAAUAUUUCUAAUAUUAUUGAAUUACUAAAUGUUUUCUACAAAGAUAUUAUAAAUGAUUUUGAUAUUAGUACUCAUUCUACGCUGUUUAUAAUUGAUGGAUUAGAUGAGUUUAAAUAUUUACAUGACUAAUAAAUUGCAGUUUGAGUUGUAACUAUCCAAUUGUUAAUGUUUUAACAGAAAUUCGAAAAUAUAAAUAUGUAGUUGCUGGUAGAGUUUAUGCAAUUGAUCAGUAUCAAAGUAUAUCUACAGAGGAUUGUGAUAAGAUAAACAUUCAAAUUAUGGGAUUUAAUGAAGAUGGAAUAAAUAAUUAUAUAGAAAAUAAUGUUUUA